AUGGAAACACCUGCAAAAUCUAGUAACUGUUGGGGACUAGAAGGAAUUGAAGAUGGUGAGGGUAUAAAAAAGACGGUUGUUCAUGGUGAGGGCUCCAUGGUUUAUUGGUCUUCUUUAUUCAUUCUUCCCAAGAAGAUUAUUAGAGCCAUUGAAACCCUUUUUAAGUCUUUCUUUUGGUCUGGCUGUGAGCUUAGAACCCAUGGGGCUAAAGUUUCUUGGGAGAAUAUCUGUUACCCUAAGAAUGAGGGGGGUUUGGGAUGGCCUGUUGCUUCUUCUUGGGAAUUAAGGGAAUUGAUUGAGAGCACUCCUUCUACCCUCCAUCCCAAUAAUGGCCUAGAUUCUGCCAGAUGGCUUCCCUCCUCUGAUGGGAAAUUUUUUGUCACUUCAACUUGGAAUUAUUUGAGAAAGUCUGGGGAUAGAAUGUCCUGGGCUGCCAUUCUUUGGGGCCCCCAUAAUAUCCCUAAGGCUAGUUUUGUAACUUGGAUGGCAAUCCUUGGUAGAUUGAAUACUAGGGAUAGACUAAGAUUGUUUGGCAUUUCUCAAUCUGCUGAAUGUGUGUUUUGUAAUGACUCUUGUGAAAAUCACAAUCAUCUGUUUUUUGAUUACCCUUUCUCUGCUAGAAUCUGGACCUGUAUUCAAUCUAAGUUGAAUGUCUCUUGGCCUGUUAGUCAAUGGCCUGGUAUUACUCAGCAUGUGGCACAAUCUACUCAAGGUUGCAUGGAAAGGAUAAUCUUUGAGUGUUGUGAGAUCCUAUAUAGUGGGCCGAGUGCAGUGAGAAUAUAUAUUGUGUGUUUGUGCAAUUAUACAGCAGCUAUUGUGUAUUUCCUGCUGUUGUAUAUCUGGCACUUCUGGAACUCAUGUAUCUAUCCAUCUUGGGCAGGGUCUGCUAAAUUCUGGAAGCUGGUAGCAAGAAGGGAUAGCUGCUUUAGGCACCUCGAGUGUGAAGAAAGCUUUUAUUUUAAUUGUAUAUAUCUGUUGAAUCCAUUAUACUAUGGUACUGUUGUUUGAGUGGAUGUCUUGAAGAUCUUUUGUUGGCUUACCCUUACGGGUUGUGUAAGGGAUGGCUCUUUUUUGUCUCUUUUUUUUGUAUUAGAUUUGUGAGCUUAUGGAAUGUGUUCAUGGUCCACAUACUAUUUGUAUAGGGAGCCUGAACGUAUACAAGGAAUCACAAUCUGUUUUGGAGCUUGAGUUUAGUCUUCCUUCCCGUGUUAUAAUUCUAAGUUAUUUAAUUGUUUGGUAUAUCUUUAUUUAUCCAGUUAAUAGCUUUGGAUUUUUCAGGUAAUAUAUAUAUCUUAGUUUUGUUAGUUGAA